AUGAGUCUUACAAGAUUACGUAAAUGUAAAAUAAUACGCAAGUGGAAAAAAGGAUGUAUAAAAAAAUCAAAGGAUACAAGUGACAUUUCAAUACGUGCCUUCAACAAAGAGGAUAAUGAGGCAUACUAUCAGCUUCAUAAUGAUGAUGGUAAAAAUACGACAAUUGACUUUGGUAAUUAUCAUUGCCUGGCUGAAAUAUCAAUGUAUCUGCCAGCAUGUAAAAGACCAAAAAUUGCUUUAGUUUUCAAGAAAUGGAAAAAUGGAUGUGUAAAAAAAUCUAAAUUGACAAGUCGAAAUUCAACACGUGCCUUCAAGAAAAAAAAUAAUAAGAUAUACUAUCAGUAUUAUAAUGAUGACGCCAAAAAUACGACGAUUGAUUUUGUUAAUGAUGAUUGCCUGGCUAAAAUAUUCACGUAUCUGUCAGUAUGUGAAAGACCAAAAAUUGCUUUAGUUUGCAAGAAAUGGAGACAAGCUUUUAAUUAUUCUUGGCAGAAUAUAAAAAAACUUGAACUAAUCCAUUGGGAAUAUAAUGAGUGUCCAAGUUAUUUAAAAAAAUAUCCAGAACUUUAUGGACAAGUAUGGUUUUUAAGAUCGCUGCUUAAAAAGUGUGGUCGUUAUUUAACAGAAUUAGAUUUGACAGCCCAUGGUAAUGAUGGCAUAGUGCCAGUUAUAAAUGAAUUUUGUCCAAACCUGGUAAAACUUCGUUUAAGAUUCAAGAAGGUAUUAUUUGGAGAAUCUCUAAUUAAUGCAUUUUCACGUCUAUCUAAAUUAAAAGUAUUAAAAAUUAUAUUUCAACAUGUUGAUAAUAAUACAUAUUUCUCUGAUACAUUAGUUAAUACAUUGAGAAGCGUUGCUGGUACAUUAACUGAACUGACUUUGUCAAAUUGGAACGAAAAAAAUUUUCUUAAAAGCUUGAGACUUCCAAAAUCAUUCAUUCAUGUCAUUCCUGAACUGAAAGCCUUGAAAUCAAUUGAAACUGCUGGUAUAUUUAUUGAUAUUGAUUUAUCCAUGCAUCUGGAAAAGUUUGGAAUAUUAGUCAUCAGUCAUGAUAGAUUACCAAGUUACAGAUGA